GUUCCGGUUAAUAGCUUCUGUUGAUAUUAUGAUCCCAUACUGUUUACAUUCAAGUUCAAAAUCGCAGAAGUAACUAAACAUAAUCAUUUUAGACAGCAUAAAUUGUCUGACACUAAAAAUACUUUCCAUAUUUAAUUCCUAAUAUCAUUACUACAUGCAACUUUAUGCCAAUGUGGAAGUACAAAACUGGAUUAAAGCGAAGGCAAAUAAUAAUAAGGAUCUAUUUACUAAAACGGAUUUAAAAGAACCGCAUCACACCUAACAGAUCAACGGAUCAUAACUUUCACUUCUCUGUGAUAACUUCAUAACCCUCGCAGGGAAGAAACGAAUGGGUAACCGACGUCGGUGAGUUAUCGCUGGUUUUGUUUCCUAUUUGGCGAUAACUCUUAGCAACCAUCCUCAGUAAGGUAAAAACACUCGAAUAGUCUAUAAGACAGAUUUCAAAGUUGCAUUUUGAGGAGGGUUGACGUAAAUCGAAGUGUGUCUUGACAAGAGUGGUUCAAAUCACCUUUUUGAACCGAAGGUGAGAGUCAUUUUGGCUGCAACAUAAAAGAUAUCUUGAAUGGAAUCCAACAUUCUGUAAUGGGAAAGGAUAUCUCCUAUACAUGUAUUAAAAAUCUCCAAUUCAUCUUGUGUUUUUCAUUGUCUAUUGAUAUAUAUAUUUUAAGUUUUAUAUAAAUGCACAAAUAAGAAAUUUUAUGUUUUCUGAAUUCUCGUAUAAAAGCAUGUUUCUUUUUAUCAAAUUUAAAAACAAGUCUUUUGAUUCAUGAAAAAUGAAAUGAUAUGUCUAAGUACAUGCUACAAGAAAAUGAGUGAUCCUGAACCUUUCAAAUUUCAGUUGCUAACUGCAUGUGACUAAUGAGCUGAAGAUUUUUCCAGAAAGAAAUGUUUUAAAAGAGGCAUUUUCUUAUACUUGCGCAAUGGAAAUGUCAUAUGAAAAUAAUUUAUGUAGCCAAGUAUUUUCUCGGCAGGAAAUUUUAAAGGAAGAUUUAAUUGAUACGAAAGAGAAAUUGUAUGCGUGCGACAUUUGCACCAAAGCCUUUUCUCAACAUUCUUAUUUAAAGUCACAUUUACUGGCACAUGCAAAAGAGAAGCUGUUUGCAUGUGAAGUUUGUCAUAAAGCCUUUUCUCAAAAGUCGAAUUUAAUAACACAUUUACGAGUACAUACGAAUGAGAAACCUUAUACAUGCGAUGUUUGCAGCAAAACAUUUUCUCUGUUUAGUUACUUGAGAGUACACUUACAGACGCAUACACAAGAGAAACAACAUGCGUGCCACAUGUGCAAUAAAACAUUUUCUCAAGAACCGAAUUUAAAAAGACACAUGCGGACGCACACGAAAGAAAAACCCUUUACAUGUCAUAUAUGCAAUAAAGCAUUUUCUGUAAAGUCGAACUUAAAACAACAUUUACGUACACAUACGAACGAGAAACCGCAUGCAUGCCCUACUUGUAAUAAAGUAUUUUCUCAUUCGCCGAAUUUGAUAACACAUUUGCGGACCCAUACGAAAGAGAAAUCAUUUGUAUGUGACGUCUGUAAAAAAGCAUUUUCUCAUAAAUCGAGUUUAAAAAGUCAUUUACGCAUUCAUACGAAAGAGAAGCCGUUUGCAUGUGAUGUUUGUAAUCGAACGUUUGCUCAGCAAAAUCACUUACUAACACAUUUACGGACGCAUACGAGAGAGAAGCCGUUUGAAUGUGACAUUUGUAAUGAAAAAUUUUCUUAUCCAGCAACUUUAAAAACACAUCUACUGAAGCAUGCCGUAGAAAAAGUAUGAACCAUAUUGCUGUGAAAUUCGGUAUAGUGCUUUCUCAACAAGAAAAUUUCAAAAGACUUUCUUUCACACUCCAAAGAGAAGCAAUUACAUUUGUGAUACAUAUAAUGUGAUGAAUUCUUUAAAAUAAAUCAUUUGUAUAAUAUGUAUCAUCUGUAUAUUACAUUUUUUUAAAUAAAUUAUUUAUAUGAA